ACAAACAACCUCAACAAGAUGCCACCACGACCUAGGAAGCGUGUCCGACGGAGAAGAGUUUCUGAGAAAUUCGAUGACUCGAGCGAUUCCUCAUCAUCGUCAUCUGACUCGGGUCAAUCAAAUCAGUCAACACCCAAAAACCCCAAUUCUGUCAACAAGUCAUCAUCAGAUAGCCAUGGAAGCUCAAGUGAGAGCGAGUCGACCGACAGCAGCAGCUCGUCGUCAUCAUCCAGCUCGGGCUCUUCAAUAAAUCGACCGACGGCGAAACGCGGCCGGUUGGCGAAAAAGCAGAACCUCCAAGCACGGGCCCUGCAACCGCAAGAUGGAGGAGACCCGACGAAUCCACAAAUGAUGAGAAGAUCGCCAUCGCCCGUCGAACAAUCGCCACCUCCUCCUCUCCCAAGCUCCUUCUUCGACCCAGAUCUAGCGCUCCCUUAUCUCGAUUCGUCGCCGGAUUUCAGUCUGCCUGCUGGCUUUGAAAGUAAAGCGCCUACCCGUCAAGUCGACGGUCUCCUUCAAUCUACUCGCCAGCAAUUGGAACAAGAUGAGGAACGCUUUCGGGCCUGGUAUAUGGCCACCAUCGUCGAUCGUUUCCCUAACGAAUUAGACCUCCUGCGAUCCUCUGAUAAUAAUCCCCAGAAAACGCAAUCUAAUCUCGACUUAUUGGUCGCCGCUCUCGGCUCAGGCGUCGACAUCUUUGAUGAUAAUAUCAUCCUCUCUUCCACUUCUUCGUCUUCUCCUACUGUCGCUGCUAAUAAGGCGGCUUUGGACGAUCAUCAACUCGUCCUUCAAUCGCUCGACUUGGCUAAGCAGACCCUUCAUCUCGACCCUUCUAUCUGUCCUCAACCUGUUGCCUCUCCCCAAUCCCACGAGGAUGUCGAGAUGUCCGAUGGCGCUGAUUCAUAAACUCCCUCAUUGUUUCUUCUAACAAGCCAGGCUUUCUUCCCUAUAGUAAGAUUCACUUUUCUGGGAGAAAACAAACAAUCCACAUUUUUGUAAUACUUUUCUUUUUCUGAAUGAUUUUCAAGAUCAAUCAAUUUUAGAGUGAGGGAAGAGCUGUGUUGUUAUUAUUCAUUCAGUAUCCAUGCCUUGUAGGGCAACAAAAAUGUUC